AUGAGCACCACAGCUCUGCCACAAAAGGCAGCCAUGAGACGCACCGUCACUGUAGACUCGGUGCCCUCAACAGUCUCCAACUCCGAAGCUGGCACGCCAGACGACUCGCCUACCGCCUCCGCCUCCUCAACAUCCCUGUCCUCGUUGGGAUCAGUGGAAGACUUCCAGCAAGAGCCAAAGCAGAAGCUGAUCGAUACCUACGGCAAUGAGUUCAAGCUUCCAGACUACACGAUCAAGGAUAUCAGAGAUGCCAUCCCAAAGCAUUGCUUUGAAAGAUCAGCCAUCACUGGCCUGAGCUACGUCUUCCGAGACAUUGCCCUCUUGGCCGGCACAUUCUACCUGUUCAACAGGUUCUGCACACCGGAAUACGUCCCAUCGUAUCCUCUUCGAACAGCCCUCUGGGCAUUCUACACCUUUGCCCAGGGCUGCUUCGGCACUGGUCUUUGGGUCCUUGCCCACGAGUGCGGCCACCAGUCGUUCUCGGAGAGCAAGACUAUCAACGACACUGUCGGCUGGAUCUGCCACUCUGCUCUGCUUGUCCCAUACUUCAGCUGGAAGAUCAGCCAUGGAAAGCACCACAAGGCCACCGGUAACAUGGAGCGCGACAUGGUCUUCCUGCCACGCACCCGCGAGGAGCACGCCAGCCGCAUGGGAACACUCAUGCACGAGAUGCACGAGCUGAUGGAGGAGACCCCAAUCUACACCGCCGGAAACCUGAUCGCUCAGCAGCUGUUCGGAUGGCCAAUGUACCUGUUCCGUAACGUGACCGGCCACAACAACCACGAGAAGCAGCCUGAAGGCAAGGGCGUCGGCAAGAAGAACGGCGACGGCAGCGUCAACCACUUCAUCCCAAGCAGCCCGCUGUACGAGAAGAAGGACGAGCACCUCAUCCUGCUCUCCGAUCUUGGCCUUGCCAUCACUGUCACCGCCCUGACUCUUGUCGGCCGCACCUACGGCUUCACGAACCUCCUCGUCUGGUACCUCCUCCCAUACCUCUGGGUCAACCACUGGCUCGUCGCCAUCACCUUCCUCCAGCACACCGACCCAUCGCUCCCUCACUACACCGGCGACGCAUGGAACUUCACCCGAGGCGCCGCCGCCACCAUCGACCGCGAAUUCGGCUUCAUCGGCCGCACCCUCAUGCACGGCAUCGUCGAGACCCACGUCCUCCACCACUACAUCUCCACCAUCCCAUUCUACCACGCCGACGAAGCCACCGACGCAAUCAAGCCGAUCAUGGGCCAGCACUACCGCUCAGAUACCCGCGAAGGUGCGAUCGGAUUCGUCAAGUCAAUGUACAAGAGCGCGCGAUGGUGCCAGUGGGUCGAGCCAAACGAGGGUGCAAAGGGUGAGAACUCGAAGGUGCUGUUCUUCCGCAACAGGAACGGCCUCGGUGUUCCACCGGCCAAGAUUGCGAAGAAGGGUAUGGUUGUUGGCGACGACAGCGAAUGA